CUUGCCAUGAACGUGCCUCAGCAGCCAAUAUUCAUCGAGACACACAUCUGGUCCUCGUCAAGAACGUGCUCAUGACUGCGGAGAACAGGAACAGAACAUGAGAGGCGGGCGUGCGCUGGGUCUGCCCUUUUAAACGCGUCGACGCGUCGCAGUGAGGCCCCAGGUGUCCCCGACUCCCUCAUGCCCCCGCAGUCAUGCUUUUGCCGUCGCUCGUCCUGCUCGUCGCCCUCGUCCCCGCCGCUUUCGCCGCUCAGGCGUUCCAGUUCGUUCCCCCGGCGCUGACGCCCCUCAGCACUUCGACCAACUACACUGGCGCGAACAACAACACCCUCUCCAAGCAGGACGUCAUCCCCGGCUUGGUCUUCGACCGCUUCAUCUACAUCUUCCUCGAGAACACUGACUACAAUGAUGCCGCUUCGACCGCGGCCUUUAUGAACCUCACGCAGCAGAGCAUCCUCCUCAGCCAGUACUUUUCCCUCACUCACCCAUCUGAGCCCAAUUAUGCCGGUGCCAUCGGUGGAGACUUCUGGGGCAUGGGUGACGACGACUUCUACAACAUCCCGGCGAAUAUCUCGACGGUCAUUGAUCUCCUCGAGGAUAAGAACAUCUCCUGGGCCUGUUAUCAGGAGAACAUGCCCUCUGACGGCUACCAAGGUUUCAACUUCGUGUCGCCCAAUUAUCUCAACGCUUCUGCUCCGGAUUACACCUUCUACAUGCGCAAGCACAACCCAGCCAUUCUUUAUGACUCAAUCGUCAGCGUACCCUCGCGCCUUGCCCGCAUCCGUAACUUCAAUGACCUCGCUGCGGAUGUUAACGCGAGCGCGAUCCCGCAGUGGUUGUUCAUCACCCCGAACAUGGUUAACGACGGCCACGACACUGACGUUGACUUCGCGAGCGAAUGGCUCAUGUAUUGGCUGCCGACCAUGCUGAACGACCCAAAUUUCAACGACGACCGCACAAUCAUCGUGCUCACUUUUGAUGAGAACGAGACGUCCGAGAUCAACAACAACGUCUACACCCUCGUGCUCGGCGGCGGCCUUCCAGCGAACCUGCGCAACACGACCGACGACUUUUACUACACUCACUAUUCGUCCAUCAGUACCGUCGAAGCUAACUGGGGUCUCAAAUCUCUCGGCCGUCAGGACACCAACAAGACCGUCUCGAACGUCUUCUCCUUUGUCGCCAACGUCACCGGCUACACCAAUGUCGAACUCACCCCGGACCAGUACCCGCUGACGAACCUCACCACCGUGUUCAACGGCCCGCUGAACCCCGACCAGUAUGUGCCCUUCACCGCGCCCAACAUGUCCGCCGUCGGCGCGGGUGGUCAGGGCGUCUUUGUCGCGCCCUCGCUCAACACCAGCUUCACUGCCGCCCUUGCCCCCGCGCCCGUUAACCUCACGGCGAUGAACCUGACCCAGCUCCGCGAGUGCGCCGAGCUCGUCAAGCACCUCUAGCACCGGCUCCGGCUCUAGCACCGGCUCCGGAUCUAGCUCGAGCCCGAACUCGGGUACAACGAGUGUCAAGGUUGCCUCAGGCGUCGUCAGCCUCGGCUUGGGUGCGCUCAUUGGUGUUGCGCUGCUAUAAAAUAAGUUUUCUGCGACAAGUAAAAGCUUAUGCUCUUAUGCUGUAUAACU